AUGUUCUUUGUCUUCUUUCGGAUCCUUCAGAUCCUCACUCUGAUCCCCUGCAUGGGUAUGCUUGCCUGGUUCGUCAAUGGAUUCGUCAAGCAAAACGCCCUGACCCCCGAUUCAAUCCUCAUCCUCUUCAUUGUCUCGGUUCUCGCGCUUGCUUGGGCAAUCUUCACCCUCUUCAGCUACCACCGCUCUUCGACCAACGCCCACUUUGUCGCAUUCGUUGAUGCCCUCUUCUUCGGUGCCUUCAUCGCCGCUGUUUACUACCUUCGCUACGUUAGCAACACCGACUGUAUUAGCAUUCAACGUGGCGACGACUGGGAUCUCUCCGCUGGCGAUGUCCGUGUCAUUGGCCCCAGCUAUGACCUCGUUAACAACAAGCCCUGCUCCAUGCUCAAGGCCUGCUGGGCGUUUGGCAUCAUGAACAUCAUCUUCUUUGCCAUUACUUCUGUUGUUGCUUUCAUGCACGGCGGACACAUGAGCGCCUAUGACCGCAGCCACUCUUCUCGCCGUUCCUACCACUCCAGCCGUCACAGCCACCGAAGCCGCUCCCGCUCUGGCUCUCGCUACAGCAGCCGCAGCCGUCCUCACUCUCGACGUGUCUAUGUCUAG